AUGCAGGGCUCCAUACAUCGACGUUGUUCAGGCUCUUUGGCUCCUGGUCACUGGUCACUGGUCACCACUGCCUGGGACUGCAAACUCAACCACUUGUUUCUCUCGACACUCCUGGGCAGCUGGCUCACUCUCAUCGUCGAGGAGGCCACCGAGGCGGCGACGAGACCCAUCUCGCCCAUUCCCUGCAAAUGCCAUGCCAGCCCGGCCACGCCCUCCCGUGUGAGGUGGUGGUGUCUACAGUCUGUGUGCGGCGGUGCGGCCUGCCUAUGCCUUGACGAAUAUCCAAGUUUCCCACCCCUCUCUCUCUUCUCUGCCGCUGGCGAGCGCCUCCCCCCCUGGUUCCCGGUCCCAUCCCAUCCCCAUCCUGGCCCCAUGUCCCUACCUUAUGCUGCCGCUUUGCACUUUGCCCAAUGCUUCCCGCUGCCAGACCCAAACCCUACCUGGCGCUUGCUUGCUUCCCUCCUGCUCCUGUCGUCCUAUCUGGCACGUUCUUAUUCUUCGUCCUGGACGCGCUCUCCCCUCUGGUUGAUAGUUCUCGGCUUCUGA